AGGAAGAUGGAGUGAUCAGGGUAGGAUCCUGUGCAUCAGAAAGACCUGGACUUUCCCCAUUCCCCAGGAUCUGAUUUGAGUAUUUAUGGGGUAAGGCCCAGAAAUCUGUAUUUAGUAAGCUCUCCAGAAAUUCUCAUGCACACUUGGGUCUGAGAACCUGUGUCUCAGGAGUCAGGAUCAGGGGCUUUGGGGAGAGGGCAUUCAGUAGUUUUUAUAGCAGUUUUGUAGUGUACUCCAAACAGGGCAUUGUGUGGGCAAAUAGGCCUGCUCUGUCUGGUCCUUAGCUUCUUGUUGGUGCUGACCAGAGUUGGGUGGGAAGAAAGAGGUGAGCAUGUCUGCUCUUCUUGCCCUCUGCUCAUAAUAAGAAAGAUAUUUUUGGUCACUCACUGCCUCAAAGACCUCCUCUACCUUGACAUUAGUUAGGAAAAAUCCAAAGCAUACAAAACCCGUUGAACUUGAGAGUGCACACUGGACUAACUCCUAGAAUGUACAAUUAAUAUCUCUAUUGUGUUCCUAGCCAUCAGUCUUUUAUUCUCAUGCCAAAGUACAUGCAGAUAACAGUAAAUUUCCAUUCCUAGUAAAGCUUGCAUAUUAUUAUCUAGACUUAGAAAUCUUGCUUAUUGAUUUUUUUUUAACCUUGACUAUUUGAAAAUCAGUCUGCCUCCCAGCCUGAAGAUCCACAGGGUUUGGGGGGGUUUCUAUAGGAUAUGUCCUUAGGGUUCCUAUAGGAUGUGUUCUUAGAACCAGGAAAGACCCUUACCCUGGGUGUUGAGAAGACUUAAGGUAGCUGACCAGAAGAAAGAGGGAAUGCGUAAAGAAUACUUGAGGGAGCAAAACUGUUUUGAGAGAGAGAAAAUGGAAUGUGUCCCCGAGGCCUGGUUGUCCCAGCAGAUUAUGCUGGCAAUAAUUAAAGUGAGUUGCUGCUUGUUCAGUCCUUGGCCUUGUUCUCGUGGCUCCUUUGUAUGUUUCAAGCUUGCCCAUUUUGAACCUACUGGUGUCAUGGAUGGUUUUUAAGCUUUAGAACAGGGUUGAAGUACACAGUUGGUGACCUCAUAGUUACACUUUGAGUCCCAUGGGCCUUUGUACUUCACUCCAUAGCUAUGAACACCAGACUGUCACACUCCCUCUUCAUUUGAAAGGGAGAAGAGACUAGCUCUGUGAAAUCCUCUGCUUUCAGAAACGCUCCUCGGAGGGGAAGUGUGAAGAACAUGCAGUUUGGGAGAUGAGGCAGUUUUCUCGUGUAUGCCAAGGUGUCUGUCUUCCUCCUAGAUCUGCCUCCGCUGAAUUACUCUCACCUACUUCUGUUCUCUGUGCACUAGAAAUCUGAGAUCCAGGAGUAUCAGCAGCAAAGAUGUCUAAUGAGCCACCCCCUCCUUAUCCAGGAGGUCCUACAGCUCCACUACUGGAGGAAAAAAGUGGAGCCCCUCUUACCCCAGGCCGGACCUCGCCAGCUGUGAUGCAGCCUCCACCAGGCAUGCCACUGCCCUCUGCUGACAUUGCCCCCCCACCUUAUGAGCCACCUGGCCAUCCAGUGCCUCAGCCUGGCUUUGUGCCCCCUCAUAUGAAUGCAGAUGGCACCUACAUGCCUGCAGGUUUCUACCCUCCUCCAGGCCCUCACCCACCUAUGGGCUAUUAUCCACCAGGACCCUACCCACCAGGGCCCUACCCUGGCCCUGGAGGCCACACGGCCACAGUAUUGGUCCCAUCAGGGGCAGCCACCACGGUGACAGUACUACAGGGAGAGAUCUUUGAAGGCGCACCAGUACAGACAGUGUGUCCUCACUGCCAGCAGGCUAUCACCACCAAGAUCUCCUACGAGAUAGGCCUGAUGAACUUUGUGCUGGGUUUCUUCUGCUGCUUCAUGGGGUGUGAUCUGGGCUGCUGUUUGAUCCCCUGCCUCAUCAAUGACUUCAAGGAUGUGACGCACACAUGUCCCAGCUGCAAAGCCUACAUCUGCACAUACAAGCGCUUGUGCUAACAGAGUCAGACUUGGACUCCCCCACCUAUUAGUCUGGCCCCCAUGUGCUUUGCUCCCCAUGCUCAGUGGUCACUACCCUCUCAACUCCCCACUUAGGGUUGGAAGUUCUGCCACUGUACCCUGGAAAUCCUGUCCUCACCUUGCCCUUCCCUGAGCAUCCGACUCUUCCAGCAACAAUUCUGUUGGAUUUAAGGCCAAGGGCCAGUGGGUGGCAUGGGGUGGCACUGAUCCUUGUGUGUUGCUUGGACAUUUGCAAUUCAGAAGAUAAGCUAAGAGGCUCUUACUAGGGCCCUCAUUUCUCCUUUUCUGUAUAAGUAUAAGGUCCAGGCUGGUCCUUACUCUUCCUGGGACCAAAAGCACCCAGAGGCAUCAACAGGUCCCCAGACUAGGGCCUACACUGAGGGUAGAACCUGGAACCACAGUUGUUGCUGACCUACUGGAAUGAAGUCAGAGUGUCAUCGAAAGUUAAGUGGACCCAAGCAAGACAGGGUCUUAAGGCCUGGGUUUAAGUGGGGCUUCUUGUCUGGGGUACCAAGAUAGGGAAAGAAAGAAAUGACGACUGCCAGCCCUGGACCUCAGAACUCUCAGGUAUGGAAACACUCAAGAGCUGCCUGGUAUGAGGCAAAGAGGAUCCUGGGCUAUUUAAAGCUCUGGUAACCAAGAAGAACUUGCCCCUGUUCCUACCUAGCUUCUUUGAGUCAGUCAGUGUGCAGAGCUCCUUUCUGGCCACACCUCUGUAAACCCCUAUAUUUUCUGGGACUGGAAGGAAUGAAUACCCAUGUCCUGUCUACUUCUGUGUCUGUGCUAUGUGGGGGUGCAACUUCUGCCUGGUGGUUUGUGACAUGGCAGAUCAGAAAUGCCUCCUUGCAGGUUCAUUGGCCUCUGGAGUAAGUGCCAGCCUUUUUGCCGUAGUUGACUUGCUUCCAUAUUGGAGCUCCUCAGUAGGAACAGCUGUGGCACUGGGCUGGGGACCAGGAAGAAGUCACAAGUGGUGGGAGUAUCCUAGGGACGUGAGUCGUGCCCAGGGUGUAAACCCAAACCUGUCCAUUUCUUGAACGGUCUGUGAAUAUGCCCGUGUGGACGCUGUAUCCUGCUGCUGUCCCUCUCCUGGUCUCUCUCACUGCAUGGCCUUAUAUCACUGUGAACUGUGGCCUGGUCGCAGUUUGUAGUUUCAUUAAAUGGCCCUUUGACUCCCCUGCCCUGGGCCUCUGCUGUCUUUUCUGAGACAGGGUGGGACUACAGGUAGUCUAGUGGCAGGCAGGAGCCUGGGCCUGGGCAACAACACAUUUAAGAACCCAAUUACACCAAACCAGAAUUAGCUAUAGACUCGCCCUGGGGGAACCCAGCUGUUCUGGGCCAGGGCAUUGGUUUCUACCGUUUGCAUAAUUAGAUGUCCAGGCUGCAGAACCUGAGAACUGGAGCCCUGCCCUAGCUUAGUGACCUCCUAACCUAUAGCUAUUGCUCUUUCGUCCUUAAACAAGACAGCACUACUGGACUAAGACCUGAUAGUCUGAAGAUGACACUCUGAAGUCUCAGCAUUCAGUUCUGGGUAAAAUCAAUCUUCUGAACUGUGAAGGUGGUGGGCUCAAGUCUUUUUGAGUUUCCCUGCUGUUCUACCAUUUUUUUUCACACAAAGACUUUUAUAGGAAUAGAGUCCUACUAAUAAAAAUAUUUAACUUCAUAUUUCUAUUUUAGACCAUGCAUUGUUUAAAUCUAAGUAUGUGCUUUUGAAAUAAGAAACCUCAAAGAUUAUGAGUUAGGAAAAUCACAGGUCCAAGCAGAUAUUAAGGAUCUUUAUGGUGUUUAGCAUGAAUACAUGGAAAUAGAAGGUGCUAGGAAAUUGGAAAGGAGUGUCAUGAAAGAGGAUGUCCAUUUGUAUGCAACGUACCACUGUCUCUGAGGGACUCUAUCCUAUCCCGGGAAGGAGGGAAGGGUGUGGCGUUUGUUUUUAGAGUGCUGUGGCAGUCGAGACAGACCAGGCUAAUAGACUUAUUAGAGAGAUCCUGCAGAAUAAGCUCUUUAGGCUUUGGAGGCAGGAAUGCAUAGCUUCCACUCCAAAAGACUGUCAAAAGGCCUAGAAAACUGAGCCAUCAGCUGGCAUGACCCUUUCCCACAAACCCUGUGUGUAUGGGCAUCUCACUCCCAAGCAUGGCAAUGACCACUCCAAGUACUGCUAAGAAAACAAUAUACCCAGGCCUCCUAAAUGGCAAAAGUCCUGGAGCACUGCCAGGUCAGAAGUCCAAGAUUAACUGCAGUAGAGCACUGGCUAUUAACAGUGAUAGCCUUUGUCUGGUGUACACCUGGCUGGC